AUGCAUCCUCUUGUGGGAGAGUUGCCUGCACCUAGGCUGAGUCAUCGCCAAAUCCUAAAUCAUGCUAGCUUCGAGGACGACAAGUCACUCUCGGGGAUACCGGUACUGAUGGCCAAAAUGGGCGUGUUUGGGCGCGUCCUCUGUGUUCUCUUUUUUCUGUGCCUCUCAUUUGCUGGAAUAACUUCAAUGAUUUCCUACAUCGAACUCACAGCCAGAACUAUUCAGGACUUUGGGGUUUCUAGAAGAAACGCCACAAUCGCUUCUCUUGUGAUAACGUUCAUUGUGGGGAUACCCUCAGCUGUCAAUCUGCGCAUAUUGACCAAUCAGGACUUUGUUUGGGGUUUUGCCCUCAUGAUUUCUGGAUUAUGCUACUGCUUCCUCGUGGUUCGUUACGACCCCAUGCGCUAUCGCAAGAUAAUAGUUAAUGACUUUGGGAUUGGCGAUCUGACACUGCCCGUAACCUGGGUCGCAUUUAUCGCGGUUUUGGUUCCCAUCGAGGCUGUUAGUCUCAUUUGUUGGUGGGCCUAUGAAAGCAUAACGCAGAAUCCGAAUUGGUACAAGUUUGAGGCUGAAUCGUUUGUCGUUAUCAUCAUGGAGGUAUGA